GCCGUUAAGUGUUUGCCUGGCUACCUAAUGGUUGUGCAGAGGGGGUUAAUGUGCCUGAUGUGCCAGCAUAUAUACGACAGACUCUUAUCCGAUGGAUUUGGUUGUCUUGUGUGUGUGUGUGUGUGUGUGUGUGUGUGUGUGUGUGUGUGUGUGUGUGUGUGUGUGUGUGUGAGUGUGUGAGUGUGUGAGUGUGUGUGAGUGUGUGAGUGUGUGAGUGUGUGAGUGUGUGAGUGUGUGAGUGUGUGAGUGUGUGAGUGUGUGUGUGUGUGUGUCUUUCUUUAAGACGUCAGCUGUUUCCCGAGGAGCGUGGUGGUGGUGAAUUUCACACCUUUUUUUUUUUUUCUCUGUAUGGAAACCUGGGUGGUAAUGGUGCUGGAGCAGGUCGUGUUUUAUAAGGAAUGAGGCUGUCUCUGGGAGCAGAGGAAAAGCAGGGAAAGGAGAGGAGGUGAAGAAAGAGGGAUCCAAGGAAGCUGCCACCCGCGACAGGCAUUAGUUGGAUUAUCCUCACUCAUUUUUUUCAAAGCAUUGAAACUUUACUGUGUGACACCUGAAGAUGGAAAGUUGGUCGGUGGAUCAAGUCUGCAACUGGCUGAGACAGAGGAAUUUAGGAGAACUAGUUCCUAAGUUUCGCGAAGAAGAAGUAAAUGGAGCAGCUCUUCUGGCUCUGAAUGAUCGUAUGGUGCAACAGCUGGUGAAGAAGAUUGGGCACCAGGCAGUGCUAAUGGACCUGAUUAAUAAAUACAAGCAUCAAAAACAUGGGCUACAAUCCUUUGCAUAUGCCUGUGAAGCAGGCUUGCCAACACUUCCAGAGAUCAGUGGUGAAAAUCUGAAAUUAUGUUCUGCAAGAUGUAGGACAUGUUCUUAUACUUUACCAAAUUUUCCUUAUGACGUCAAGAUGGUACUAGGAGAAAAAAAAUACCCUGAUCACAGUAUGAGAAUAAGGAUGAUUGACUGUUUGCAAGCAGACAUGACAAAGUACCUAGCAGGAUCACUGUAUCCGAACGGCCAGCAGUACAACAUUGUUGUCGGGGCUUUGAUGCAGGCAUACCCGUUCCUGAAUGAAGAUGGGAAUGGCUUUUUGGUAUGGAAACGGGCACUUAAGGAUCGUUUCAAAUAUGUGCGGAGAGCCAUCGAAGAUGAUGAGCAAGUUCUGAAGAACAAAUGCAAGUUUGGCCACAGGAGAGGACAGAGCAGGAAAUCUUCAUCUGCUGAAAACAAAUCUUAUGACGUCAAAGUGCAGAAAGAGGAAGAACCUGCUUAUCUUGAAGGUGAUGCGGUGUACAUACACAUUAACUGGCUGAAGCAAGAAUAUAUGAAAACUCUGAGAAACUGGAAAGAAGUGAAUGACAAAAUGAAUGCAACCAUGCAGAUACGAAGGAAGAUGAUCUGUGAUAAGACACCUUUAAAGGACAUUCUUAGGCUAUUUCCUUUCUUAAGAUGCCCUUAUCAGCUUUUUAGGGAGUUCCAGCUUCUCACACACAUGGAUGUUUAUCAGAAAACAGUUAAGAUUUUGGAGAUUUAUUCAGAAAGCAUAUUAUCUUUGUAUCUGGUGAAGAAUAAUCCAGUUAACAUUAUGCUACAAGAAAAUCUGAAACAAAACACAGAGGAAAACGUUCUAAAAUAUAUGAAGAUGACUGCUGCAUGUUUACUUCUGCCAGAUGUCUUUGAAGAUGACUCCAGUCUGUUUGCUGCAGUGAAUGAGGAGGUGAAGGUAUUGACACCAGUGUUGGAAGUUAAAAAUCCCUUCAGUGUGAAUUCAUGCAGGUUUGCUUUGUACAUAGAAAAACAAGAGGUAGCCCAGCUCAGUGACUGUACCGCAGCUCUGGCAGCUCUGGUGGCUGCAUUUCAUGUGUUCAAUAUCCAGUGCCCAAGCAGAAUCCAAAGGACGCUGAAAUUCCUGGUGUCCCUGAUCUUUGAGAUGAACAUCCCUCAAGCGUUCCUCCCAGGUCAGGUAAAGAAAGGGCUGGAGAUACCUAAGCAUCCCAGUGUUCGCUAGCGUACUCGUGUCAGGAACUUUUGGAAUUUUGUCAAAACAAAUCUCUUUGUUGUGAAGAUAAAUCAGUGCAUUCAUUCUAGUGAAAGUGUUUGUGUAUUUCUAACAGUUAUGUUUAAUAAUGUCUGCUUUUUAAAAAUUGUACUAGCUACUUUUUUAAAAACCUAAAAUUGUCUAGAGCUGUCUGGAAGCAUUAGAGCAACUAAAAUUUUCUAGUUUACUGCAUAUGUUAUGUAUUAGUUUUCCAUACAGAGCAUUUUACAAAUGCAGAUAAUAUUUUUACCAUCAGAAUUAAAAAACGUACUUGUGAGUUAAUGUGAGCGCUUAAUGUUCUGAAUUUACACAAAUUAAACAUUUGUUACCUCUCUAUUAUCAUCAUGUGAUCAUUGGAAGUGCUUGAAUGUAUUUCAUUGUUUUAAAAUACUGGGCUUGAUUUAUAAUUUACAGGAUGAUGAGUUUUCAUUCUUUUCUCAACCCAUGAAAUGUUUUCUUCUUUCUUUUAACAUUAACCCAAAGUUUGCUAAAUAAGGAUUCUGAGAUCAGCUCUCAAAGUAGCAAGAAUGACUUUCUGGGAUGCUGCCACGUGCAUUUGUAACAACAGCUUUUGUGCUGGGAAACAAAUGCCUCAUUUUCUGUCUGAGUUUGUUCACCAGAACAGAUCAGCCAUCUCCACAUGAUACAUGUCCUGUCUGCCCACACACAGCGGAGCCAUUCUGUCUUCUUCCACAGUCUUCUUUUCUCCCUGCCAUAGCCCUCUUAACUCCUUAAGUGCCUUGCACAUCUGGAAAUCCUGAUAUAGUGGAUGGCUUUGGGUAAGCUCGUAGCGAUGGACAGUAGCAGCUGCCAGCAAGCUUGACCACUGCCUUAGUUAGUAUAGACAGAAU